GCAAAAAUUGGACUUACAACACUUGCAUCCCUCUCUCCCUCUCUCUGUCUGUAUUUUUGCCAUCUCUCUACCCUAGCUGUCCCAGAUUUUAUAAAGACUACAAGAGAUUAUCUCAAACUUUUCUCACAGAAAAGUUUGUUCAUAUUAUUUUAUAUUUUUUCCCCUUUUUUUUCAUUGAAUCUCUGUGGUCCUGACUACUUCCAUCUUCUGAUUCUGAGAGCAGAGAAGAAGAAGACACCACGUGACAAGCUCCGGAGAUCAAUCUAUUUAUUCAUUUUUUUUAUAUUGAACUAUUUAUUUAGCUCUUUUUUUUCUCUCGGAUUCAAAAUGAAAUUGCUUCUGGACUCCUCCUCGUCCCUCCUCUUCUCGCUGCUAUUGGCCCAGAUGUCGGUGUUCACGUCGGCCUCCCCGGUGCCCCACCGGCGGCCCAGCGACAUGGACAAACUCUCCAAUCAGACCAGGAGUCUAAUGAAGCUCACGCAGGAACUGCUGAAAGAGCACGCAUUAGACUCAGAUGUGGAGCCCCAUCGUUUCAAGUCUCUGCCAGAAAUGAGCAACAGAUCGGCCAACGACCUCAACAACCUUGAGCUGAAGCCCACGCUCUCACAGCUGCACGCUGACCUGAAGCUGUACGAGCACCACUUUGAGUGGCUGAACAAGGUUUCGAAGAAGCAUCAUAACCCAUCGCUGCCAAAGCUUGUAGAGAUGGUCAAAGAAAUGAAAUCUCUCAUUAAUCUGCUGCACCGUCAGAUGUCGCGAGUAGAAGCACCAAAGCUGACCCCAGCAUCUCCCUCCCUGCCUCCUCAUCUCCCAUACCAGUUUGAUGUCCUUCAGUCAGGCCACGAGCUCCUGCAGCAUUUCAAGCUUUUCUGUGACUGGGCAUACAGAGCGUUCAUCACCCUGAAGCCCAAGGUUACUGCAGUGCAAUGAUAAUUCACGAACUGAAAGUUGCUGGCGUGGAAACACGGAGGAGUCUAUGGGAAUCAGGACCACGUGGGUCUGCACUGUAGUAAGUAGUAUCUCCUCCUGUCCCGAAAGUCAACACGUGUGUUCAAACGUGUAUGUUGCCGGAGGGAAGGAGGACAUGCUGCUCAUGAUCGUGUUAUUUAUGUAUUUAUUUAUUUAUUGACUAAUGGUAAUUUAUUGAAAUUUAUUUAUUUGAAGUUGGUAUGUCAUAUUUUUCUUUUCUUUUUCGUGAUUUCUCUCACCCAGAUGUUCAUUUGUGUCUCACUGUUCCUCAAAACAUAACAAGCAUUAGCACUUCCUGUUAUUGAUGCUCCAUUUUACUUUGUGUUUCUCAUCUUCCAAUAGAUGUAGCAAACAUUUCCACAGACCGUCAUUGACAAUUUCUUACUGUGCAACGCCCUUAAACAGAAACAUGCACCACAAGGAUUAUUAUGACCUUUUUUAAAAACCUGGUUUUAGCAAAACAGAGCGAAUGCAGAACUUAUAUUUUUAAUGCCUGUUUAUUUUUUAAGAUGGCAUGUUGAUUGUUGUGGUAAAGUUGUGUGAAUGUGUCGCGUUACUGAGCACCGAUGGACCUGAUUCGAUUCUUUGCACAAACUCAUCAGAAUUAGCCACUUGGAUGAGAAAGAUGGCUGAACCUGUGCUUGGGGUUACAAAAUGAAAAAUAUGUUUUGAAAGUUAAACACCCAAAGCCUUAAAAUACUAUGUAUUGUGACACUAUUUCUGUAAAGAUGUACAUAAGUGUACAUGAAUGUAAACUAUAGUGCUUUUGUGUAUGAUGUUUUUUCUAUGAACUAUGUAGACUUUCUUUUACCAAUUCUAUCACUAUAAUAGGAUUCUGUUUCUUUGUAUUCUAGUAUUUGUUACAGUAUUGACUAUUUAUUUAAAGUGUAACUAUUUAUUUUUCUGCUGCAUGGGAGCAAGUCUCCCCUCGUUUUAUACUUAUUUUUAAAAACAGUUUUUAUUCUUAUUAUUUACAGUAAUUCUAUAUAAAGAUUAAAUUAUUGUUACAUCAAGUUGCCUCUUCCACACAAAGAUUGGCCUCAAUGUGAAAUAUGUGCCUUGGUGAAAUAAA